AUGAGCUACACUCCGAUGCAAGUGAUUUCGACACAACCUGGUGUAGCACCUCCACCAGGAAUGCCAAACUGGAUUCAGGCGCCUCAAUCAAUGCCAGGAGUGCCGAUGGGUCUCGAAUAUCUAACCCUUCUCGACUGCGUUAUCGUCCACCAGAAAAAGGAGCUUAUGGAAAUUGUGUCCGAUUUCGAGAUGAAUAAUCGAUAUGUUCUGAAAAACGCCGCCGGCCAACAAGCGUAUUUCGCACUCGAGGAAUCCGGCUGCUGCGAACGCCAAUUCUGCGGUCCGCGACGCGGCUUCACUAUUCACAUCGUCGACAAUUUCCAGAAGGAAGUGCUCACCGUUCGUCGCGACUUCAAAUGUUUGAGCUCGACGUACUGCGCAAUGUGCAUGUGCUGCAAAACCGAAUGCACGAUCACGUCGCCGAGCACCGGCGUUGUGGGCUCGGCUCGCCAGAGUUUCGGCUGCUGCUCGGUCAAUUUGGACAUUCUUGACGCCAACGGCGACGCGAUUUUCAAGAUCGAAGGCCCGUGCUGUCUGACACUGAUUAGCUGUUCCGAUAAAGAGUUCCCGAUCAAAACGAUGGAUGGCGUUAUCGUCGGAGCCAUCACCCAAAAAUGGGGAGGCUGUUGUAAGGAGGCGUUCACCGACGCCGACACCUUCCAAGUCACUUUCCCACUGGACCUCGACGUCAAAAUGAAGGCGGUGCUCCUCGGAGCAACAUUUUUGAUUGAUUUCUUGCAAUUCGAGGAACCGAAACACAACAACAACAAUUAG